AUGGGCAACGAGGCUUCUUUGCAUUUGCAGAUUAAUCCUGUGGCAAAAGAACCUUCCUUGCGUCUUUCCUCGCCGCAUGAAAACAUCAUUAUCACGCCUCCUAGAGUAGGGGACGAUGAACAUCUCGUUCUUUUCAGUGACAUCAGGAUAGCGACUUGGCUUUAUCCUAUAUCGAUCCCGUUCACGCGGGCCCAUGCCCAGGCUAUGCUUCGAGAAGCAAAAGAUGAAGCAGACGCCUUGUUGAACACGAUAUGCAGCCCCAACACAGGGCAUACGAAUAGCCAUCCCAGGUUUGUUGGUGGUUGCCCUGCCAAGUGCAUCAGGGAAGUUCGGAAUGAUGGCACGGAUGUAUUCGUAGGGUAUAUCACAGUGCACAGGGGGGUAUAUGUGGACGUGCCGGAUGAGACCAAACGCCGAACUAUCACAGAGGAGAACGAGAAGAAGCCAAUUGAUGACCCGUCUAUUCGAUGGUCUAUUCGAAUUCCCAGAAUGAAUGGACGGUAUAUCGCCGCGUUCACGUUUGCAGGUAAUAUUGGCGGUGAACGCGUUCUUGAAAAGAAUGGAUUCGUUAAAGUGGCGGUAUUUGAGAAGAUGGUAAGAGGAGAGGGGACGAAGGUCAACCACAUGGAAUGGAAGAUGCAGAUUGCUUGA